UCUCUCUAUCUCUCUCUGUCUCUCUUUCUGUCUCUUCUCGAAAGAGAGAGAAGUAGAGCCACGUUUCACCGCGUUUCUCGCAGCAUCGUCAUCGUCGUCUUCCUCUUCUUCGCCGGACACUUCCGAAUAGUCCUCUGGACCGAUAAGACGACGAGAGUCCGCGCGUCGCGCUUAUCGGCACGUUUUCCGCGACGACGAUAGCGCUCCAUCGUGUCGGCCGACGCACAGCGGACUCCGCGGCCCGAUAGAGAGAGACGUGGACGUCGUUAUCGGCGAAAGACGAGAAGAAAAGAUGCCCCGAGAGACGAUCCUCAGCCGAUCGUUAACCAGAUACCUCGCCGCGGUAUGCAUCACGUCACUGACUUCGGGUCUAAAGCAGGUCGAAGGGAGAAUGUGCGUGUGCACGAGCAAGGCCUGCAGAGAGAUGGGAGCGGACGUUUGCAGCACCAAGUUCUCCUGCUACACCGAAUUCAUCCUGACAGCCGGACAAGGAGUCGGCGAGAGCACUACCACGAGGGGAUGCACGGAGAGUGCCACACCGUUGUUGUGCGAGACAAAGUCCUGGGCCACAAGGUCGCGGUCGGCUAACAUCAACAACGUGGAACCGUCAGUGAGCCCGUGGCUCCGCGUGCCCUGGCCAACAUUGAAAUGCUGCGACAGCCACGAUUACUGCAACGCUGACGACAACGAGUCGAACGCGAGCACGUGGACGCCCGAGAGCAGAAAAAUGACGGAUCUGACGCAUUCCGCGGUGGGUCUCGGCGCGCCGAAGAACGGCGUGUCGACGAGCCGAGACGUGAUGCCGACAAUACAGUGGAGCGAUCGGCACCGUGAGGAUUCGUCGGAGUUCAGCGGCGACCGGCUCCUGCGAAACCGCGUCAAGGCGCUGCACGUCGCCGCCCUCGUCCUCGCCGUCGCUGCCCUUGUAUCCGUCUUGGCAUCUUGCUACGUGAUCACGAGGUUUCUCAGGAGUAACCGUUACACAAUGGACAGUGUAAAUUAAUUGCAAACGCGAUGCCGAGUCUCAAUUACAUUGCGAUUCAUCGUGGGAUAAUUGUGGUAGGAUAAUUGUCUUUCCUUCAAUGGGAAUCGAACGGAGAAGAAACUAUAGGAAUUACUGGAUACCGCGGGGGAGGUCCCAGAAGAGCCACGUCAGCCACAUGAUGGACGAGUCGGGAUGCGAGAGAGCCGAUGCGUGUUUGACGAAGCUUCCUGAGGGGGAGAACGAACGAGCGUCAGGCUGGCCGUCCUUUGUUCUACACAUCGUAUGACUAACGUCGGCUGAACCGUGCAGCCCGAAUUUUUGGCUGCCAUUGAACGAGGGGCCGUCGAGAGGUCCGACCACUGGCCCCGGCCAGGUGCCCCGGCCCGGACGCGUUUCGACGUAAUUACUCAUUCUCCGGGUUGCCGGACGUACACACGCGCACGUACGUACAUAUACGCCGGAUCGAAUAACGUACGCGCAACGUCAUCGUGGCGGAGGAAUUCUAUCGAACGUGAAUAAAGUCGCGUGAAUAAAUGACCGAAGGGAUGUGCUCUAUGCGCGGAAACUGUACGUGGCUCUCUAAGAACUCUCACGUAGCUAUAGAUUAGGCAGAAUAUAAUUAAUUGGUGUGUGUAAAAACAAAUCGGGAUAUAUAUGUAUAUAUAUAUAUAUACAGUAAAAGUUCUUUAUUCGCGGGGGAUAUGUUCCAUAAAUUUGCCGCGAAUACAGAAUCCGUGGAUAUGGAAUGGUAAUUUGUAUAGGAUUAUAGGGGAUACGUUCCAUGGUUCCAAAAUAUAAAAAAAAUAUCAGAAUAAAAUAAAUUUAAUAAGUGAUUUUUAACAAUAUCUAUUACUAAUUAUUGUCAGGCUUAGGCAAGGGUUUAAAGAACUUAGUAAUUUUUUCUUGUUUUGCUGCUUUUAAGAGGUUUUUCAAUUCAGAUUGAUAUUCAGCUGUGGCAUUCAUAAUUUGCCUUUUAAAAAUGAGACUUCUUUAAAAAAUCAGUAUACAUCUCUGUAAUUUUAGUGUAUAAUUUCGUAAUUUUAAUGUAUAAUUUCGUGAUUUUAAUGUAUAAUUUCGUUGCAAGAAAUGGAUUUGAAAAAUCGAGGUGUACGUCUUUGUGAUUUUAAUAUACAGCCUGUCGCAAAAAAAAGAAUCGGUACGUAUAUAUCUUUGUAAUUUUAGCAGUGCAGUUUUUCGCGGUCUCACGGCGAAGGGAAAGAUCAAAUCUAUUCUUGGCUGUACAAAACAGUGCAUUUUGUAUGGGAAUGAUUAAAAUACACGAGAGACGCGUAUAAAUACUCACACACGGAGCGGAAUGGUGUGCACAAAACGAUCCCGACCUACAAUCGGAAACGAGACCGCGUUUCUCGCGCUGCCUUCGACUAUUUUGCGCGCGCGCGCCGGAUCCGUCGCGCUAAAUC